GAAUGCGGAACGAAACACCGUGUGCGCUUCGUUUCCUCACGGAUGCGUUUUAGAACCGUGUCAGCAGCAUCACGUGUGUUAUGACAGGAGGGUCUUGUUUGACAGAGUGAAUAUUUUAAAAAUAACAACGGUAUAGUUUUUUAAGAGGACGCAGUGAUAAACCUUACCGGAGUAUGUCCGCGGGCACGAACGUGUCCCCGGCGGGAGUUGUUCUGGGUUUCCUGGAGGAGGCCGAGUCGUGGCGGCUUCGCUCCCCACAGUUCCCCAGUAAAGUCGGUGGGAAGCCGGCGUGGCUCAGCCUGACAAGCCCGCCCUCACUGGCCGAGCUGGAGUGUGGCAAAUGCCGCCUACCCAUGGUCUUUUUACUGCAGGUGUAUGCACCCAUUUCUGGACAGGACAGGAGUUUUCACAGGUCUCUGUUUUUGUUCUGCUGCAAAACCCCAGAGUGCUACACUGCCAACAACAACCACUGUAUGAAAGUUUUUAGAAGUCAGCUGCCCAGGAGGAAUGACUUCUACCCUUACGACCCACCACCAGAGGAGGAACCUCCCAUCGAUGCUGAACCUGAGGAUAGUGUGUUACCUGUGUCUGGGGUUAAACUGUGUUGGGUGUGUGGUUGCCCUGGCAACAAAGCCUGCUCCCGUUGUCACACUGUGUCCUACUGUGGCAAACAUCACCAGACGCUCCACUGGAAACACGCACACAAGAGGGAGUGUUGCAGUCACGAAGCAUCCCCCAACACAAAGUCUCCCAUCCUCUUCCCUGAGUCUGAGCUGGUCAUAGAGCCUGAGGAAGAGGAGGAGGAAGGGAAAGAGGAAGACACAAAUGAGGCAGAAGGAGAAGAGGACGGAGGAAGUGCUCAGGGGGAUGUAGAUUGUCCUCCUUUAGCAGACGCUCUGGCAGAGAAAGACCUUGAGGAGAUGGCAAUGUGUGAGACAGAGGACAUGAACAUUUUUCAGAAAUUCAAAAAGAAGAUCGCAUCAGAACCACACCAGGUGGUGCGCUACAGUCUUGGUGGUUACCCACUGUGGGUCUCUUCUCAGCACACCCCUUCAGAGCAGGAUAUCCCACCAUGCACCUGUGGCGCCAAGAGGACUUUUGAAUUUCAGGUGAUGCCCCAACUGUUAAACACUCUCUGUGUGGACUCAACCGGAGCCAGCAUCGACUGGGGUACAUUGGCCAUCUACACCUGCUCUGCCAGCUGUAACCAUGACGAUCAGUACUGCCCAGAGUUCAUCUGGAAGCAGGACUUUAGCCAGGAUCAACAAACACAGAUAAAAACACCAGUAGCAUCUGCUGCCACUGCUGACGGCUAAUACAGAUCAGUGAGGUAUAAUCGCACCUGUAGUGAUGUCAUGGCUUCGUUCUCGAGCUGCAUGUGUGUUGCAGCUUGUUUUUUGUAAACAUGUAAAGGCCUUUCCAUACCUAACACAACGGUGUCUACAGAGAACUGUGAACAUGUCCUGGUACACACCCAUGAUUACGUUCACACUAAAAUGAGGGUCUGGUGUUCCAGUUGUACCUGAUCCCUCUUUCUUUCCUAUUUGAUUACGUUGUCCUACCUGGAGCAGGCACAGUUAAUGCAUUAGGUGCCACGUUGGUGGAUUACCACAUUGACCUACCUCACGUGGCCUUUCGUUGACCUCAUUUUUGGACGUGGAACCUAUGAAUUGAGUGUGAAAUCUGUGACUGUUCAAUCUGAGAAUGAAUCAGAGAUGUUGAAGAUGACCGAUGCCCCAGUAAAGUUAUUAUUCUGUGUCUGCACAAAGCCUUAUCUGUCAUUAGAUUACUUGUUCAGAUAUUCCCCAGAGAUUUCUGGAUCUGCUCUAGUUCCUUUUGUUAGAAUAUUUAAUGUCUGACUUAUGGUGUGAGUCAGUUAUGAUCAGGUUAAGCAUAAACUUCUGUUACUGUAGGUUCCUUCCACUGGAGCUGGUAUUGAGCCAACCAAAGCAUGAGCUUGAACCUUGUCAUCAGAGACAUUUUAAUACAGAUAUCUAAAUUUCCA